UGAGGCGUUGGCAGGGGUCAGUUCCUGUUUGUAUAGACUAGAAGCACGGGAUGUCCCUGCUCUAUCGUACCUCACCUUCUGUGUGACUAAACGGAUUGGUCAUAAACACAUUUUUAAGACACAACUAAGGAGCGGCUGGAAAUCUCAAGGCGUGUCACACAAACGCUGACACACCCUUACUAAUCUAGACCUGUACACACUUUACUGUCAGGAAGAAAGACUGGAGACACAUCUCUUCAACUGUGGGAGACUUUCCACACUCGUUCAUUACCCAGGAAAUUGUUCACGGUGGCAUAGCACUAUAUACAUUAACUCUUGCCAUGUUGUCCUCACCAUCGCCUCUGAAAACUGCCCUGGCAUCAGAAGUCUUUUUGUGGCCGAAUGAAUCUUCCUUAGCCGUCCCUUCAGAUAAUCGGCUGAGGACCGGGGCUAGUGGUGACCAGCGUGUUAAGGAGCAAGUAAUGAUGACAGUAAGGAGGCAGAAGCCGAAAAAUUCGCAGUCUUCCACCUUGAAUUAUGGCACUAGAGCUGGUUCAAUGUAUGAAACCCUGGAAGAUUCUUACAACAUUAAUCGCAACAGUACAGGCGGUCAUUAUGCAAAAUACCAGAGCGGUACCACAUGGGGUUAUCAGCCUCAGUACAACGGGACUCUAAAGAAGGAAAACAAGCGCUUUAGCUCCCAAAGUCAAUUUGACAAUUGGGGCCGACAGCAAUAUAUAUCCUUGGCAAGUCCAAUUAGUCCCGGAAAUGAUUACAACUACAUGCAAACCCUGAAGAGCAGUCGAAGUGAGCCUGACCUCACCGGUCCAAAUAUGAGGGGCACAUUGAGACGCCAGAACCUUUAUAAUGCACAGAACCAGUAUUCUCAGCAGCAACGGUCUGGAAGGGGAGGGGUCCAUAACUCAAGUUUCUACAGUCAUCAAAGUGGACAGCAAUGGAAGCAAACAAGUGUUCCACCAACACGUACACCAUCUUCUAUCUCUGCUACACAUCGGCAGACACAACAGCAAUUUCAGAACACACUCCAGAGAAAUGAAAACUAUGCAGGCAUGCAGUUACCAUCCAGGAUGGAUUCCCGAGAUGAUUUUGAUGGAACUCCUAUGACCAUUGAGCGAGCCGUGGAACUUCUUGAAGGUCCAAAUGAAAAAUACCAGACAUCUGGUGCAAACUACAUACAGCAUACUUGCUAUCAAGAUGAAAGUGCCAAGAGCCUAGUUAAUCAGUACCAUGGCAUCCAGAAGCUAAUAAGCCUUUUCAGGAGUUCCAAUCAAAAUGUGCAGCUGGCAGCAGCCGGGGCGCUCAGGAAUCUUGUUUUCAAAAACAACCAAAAUAAACUUGAGACAAGCCGUCAAGGAGGUGUCCGCGAGGCAGUCAGCCUAUUGAGGAAGACUCCCAAUCAGGAGAUUCAAAAACAAAUAACAGGUUUGCUCUGGAAUUUGUCAUCUACUGAUCAGCUGAAGGAUGAACUGGUUAAAGAAGCUCUUGCUGUACUGAAUGAGUGUGUUGUGGUUCCAUAUACUGGCUGGGCAGAGAAUACGGUGUCUGGUCAGAGGAUUUCACUGGAUCCUGAAAUAUUCUUCAAUGCAACCGGAUGUUUAAG